AUGCACGCCACUUCUUCACAAAUCAUGCAAUACCCUAUGUGCAGCGGUAACGAGCUAAGACGAAUCUCAUCCGAUUAUGUUGAAAGACUUGCGGCACGGAGCGAGAUCCUCAACGACGUGGUAGACCAGUUUCUCACCACCGCGCUCACCCAACGCGAAUACACGCGUUCUGUGGCAUAUACUAUUGUACUCAUGCUUAACAGUUUCCACAAACAAAAUCCCAAUAAAAAUCUUGGGAAAGCAUUGUGGCAAAAAUUCUGUGGUGAUGUAGUCUCAUACUUUGAGAACUACGACUGGAAGAAUGCAAAUGAGGGAAAUGGAAACGAUCCUGAAACAGGCCUCGUUUCGAUCGAUGCUCUGGCUCUCUGUGCUCUUGUCGGCGACUUGACUUCACUCAAAUUGAUUUCGUACCACAGAUUCAAAAAUAUGACGAGGCUUCUGGUCAGACAAGUGGAAACCUGUCUGCACGUAGAGUGUAUACACACCCUUUUUUCUCAUGCCGCAGCACGCGCCACACCCGAAAUUCACCCCGUCUUUCUGUUCGAAUGCAUACGUACAGUCAAAAAGCGUAUCAGUCAUGCUACUGGACCUAUUCAUAGAUUUCCCGAAGAAGUAAUAAACUUUGAAACCUUUGUGCGCCAUCAUCUUAUCAAGCGUCAAGCCGCCGAGUUUCCUUCCUUUCAUGACAAGCGCUUGAAUCUGGAAGAUGCUCUCAUGGCCUCUUGUGCAAAUCUGUCCGUUUGGCGUUGCUUCGGGCUUGUGAACGAAGUUCAACAGUACCAUGAAUAA